UCCCAUUAACAUACAUAAAAUAUUAGGAACACUUUUAAAUAUAAUGCACAUGCAAAUGGUUCACAGUCAGGUCACACUGAGUUGCAUCAUCCAGAGAAAAAGCUGCAAAAUACACCUGCAUUGUAAACUGCUAAUGACGAUUUUCCUACGCUGUUUUAAUGGAUUUAAGCCUUUUAAAAUUCCCACACGAUCACUGUUUGCAUAAAACAUGCCCACAUAAAGCCGCAGCAUGUUUAACUAGUAUAUUUGUACUUUAUAACCUCAAUAAAAAAUGCGCUGACCUAACUUUUAUCUGUUAUUACACAGCCAAAAUGGUCUGUUUCUGUUGAAAAAAGGCCUAGAGAAAGUUUUCAGUUGGGUUUGACCACAUUUUUACAGGGAUGAGACGGGGUCAAGGAAGAGGUCGGCCGGGUUGACCUGACCCCUUAAAUAGAAGUCAGGUUGCAUCUGUGCGCAAGAUGGGUCGACAUGGUCCACCUGUGCUGCAGACUGGCUCGUGUCUCUCACACCGUCUGAUGAGGGCAUCCACGGAGCCUCGUUCACUUCAAAGGGGAUGCCUCGUCCGUGACGUCACCGCGCGCUCGAGGGUCUGGUCAGCGGAGAGAGACAGCAGAGGAUGAGGAGAGGAUGAAGUGAGGACACGCUGGACGGACAGCUGCUUAUCUAUUACAGCAUCAUGCCCAGUCUAUUGUGCCCCCUACUGGCUGUCUGCCUGUACCUGCAGCUGCCCGGUGGCCAGGCCUGGAUCCCCGGAUACAGCAACGGCUUUCACUACCAGGACAUCAGCAACGGGAACGGUAACGGAGAGAUCUACUUCAACGGGGUGCGUCUCCACGUUGAAUCCCCGAAGACUUCAGUCUCAGCCACCAGGGGAGGCAGCGUCACCCUCCCCUGUCACUACCACUAUGAGCCUGAGCUGCAAGCACCUCGCAAGACCCGGGUCAAAUGGUCCUGGCUGCCUGCCAACAUCGUCAGUGCACCUGCUUCCCCUGCAGCCUUCGCCAAGGAAACUGAUGUGAUGGUUGCCAUGGGCAACCGCUACCGCAGCUUUGGCAGCUUCCAAGGCCGUGUGCGCCUGCGCCGCACAGCACCGGGCGACAUGUCUCUGGUGAUCAAUGAGCUGCAUGUCAACGACACGGGCAGAUACCGCUGUGAGGUGAUCGACGGCCUGGAGGACGAGAGUGUGACGGUGGACCUGGAGCUGCGGGGUGUGGUGUUUCCUUACUACUCUCAGAAAGGACGCUACCAUUACAACUUCCUGGGGGCCCAACAAGCAUGCCAGGAUCAGGACGCCGCUCUGGCUACAUUUGACCAGCUCUACACAGCAUGGGAGGAGGGGCUGGACUGGUGUAACGCUGGCUGGUUGGCUGAUGGCACAGUGCAGUAUCCAAUCACAGUCCCACGUGAUGGAUGUGGGGGCGUGGACUUAGCUCCUGGUUUGCGCAGCUACGGACAACGGCACCGCCUCCUUCAUCGCUACGAUGCUUUCUGCUUCGCCGCCUCUGUCAAGGGAGAUGUGUACUUCUUAAAGCACCCAACCAGGCUCAACUUCACAGAAGCGGUCGAGGCUUGUGCCAGUAACGGCAGUCAGAUUGCCAAAGUGGGCCAGCUGUAUGCCGCCUGGAUGCUGAUGGGGUUAGACCGAUGUGACGCCGGCUGGUUGGCUGAUAGGAGUGUCCGUUAUCCCAUCACAAAGGCGCGGGCUAACUGUGGCCCACUUGAACCAGGGGUGCGUAGUUUCGGGUUUCCCCCUCCGUACCAGAAAUUUGGCGUCUACUGUUAUCGGUAGAUGCUCUGACUCGACACAAGACGCAAACAAACCAUUCUAACAGCGCGCUGGUUCAAAGCUCUGCUCAUGAGGUUAGCAUUAGCUGUAGCCAGUUUGUUCAUUUCUGAGCUAUUUUGAGGUAAUUUGGGUUAAUUGCUCUCCACCUCCAUAACAUGUAACAUAUGUCUCAGUACUGAACUUUACUACAAGUCAACAACUGUUAAUCUAUGUACAUCCGUCAAAUGAUGCCACUGUCUACACUAUAUGGCCAGAAGUAUGUGGACACUGAACAUUAUUACACUCAUAUGUACUUGAUGAACAUAUCAUAUGCUAAUAAAACAGACUUUCUUCAAGGUUUUGGAACCUGGCUGCAGCGAUUUGCUCCCGUUCAGCCACAUGAGCAGUAAUAAAGUUGGGCUGCUGGUGUUGCAACUCAUCACUGAGCAUGGAUGUACUGUCAGGGCGAAACAGGAAAGGGCCUUCGUCAAACUGCCAUAAAGUUGUAAGCGCACGAUUGUUUAUAAUAUUGUUGUAUGUUGUAGUAUCCAGAUUUUCAAGGAGUCUAAUGCAAACCAUGAAAAACAGCCUCAGAACAAAAUAACACAAAAGUAGUGUGGACAGGAGUGUCCGCAUACUAUUGGCCAUAUGGUGUACACUGUAACGUCCCAGCCACAGCAACAUCUUACAGAAAAGGGGAACAUCCUCCCAUAGUUUGUUCUUGGCUUCAGUUAUAUGUCGUUGGCAAAUUUCUACACAAUUUACAGAAAUAAUCAAACACAUUUUGCUCAUAGUAACUGUUUGGAUUUGGAAAUUUGAUCCACCAGGACUGAGUUUUUUACCAAAUCAUUCAUUUCAGACUUAGGGAAGGUGUUCACACUCAGAAAGAUCUUCAUAUUCAAAUUAAGUCACUGCUCUCCAACCAUACCUUAAUAUGUCACGUACCCUGCAUUUAUAUAUCAUUACAACCACAUACUUCUGGGUUAAGUGUUUUGUUAAAAGGCACCUUGAUGGUUGAGUGAGUGGAGAGUGUCUCUCAUUAUUUUCCUUCCAGGUCUUUACAGUUGGUCCACAGCUCACUUAGGUUACUUCCAUCACAGAUUAUUUGUGUUACUACCACUGUGAAAUAUACAAAUGUCUUUGUUUGUCGCCUAAAAUGUCUGUGUAUCCCACAUUAUAAAGUAUAGUGCAUCUCUUUUUCAUUUUUUUUAAAAAGGUGAUUAAGAGUGGUGCUCUGUGUUGGAGAGAUCAGAAGUUAUGAGUUGGUAUCUGUAUCGUUGUAAUAUUUAAACUACCUUGUUUACACUCAUAGUGGAAGAAGAGACAGUGUUUCAUUACAUACAUGUACCUUUUCUUUGUUGUACGUAUGUCUAUGCGUUUUUGUAUUAUUUUCUACAAAUGAAUAAAAACACUACUGUUGAUA